AGCGUUCAGUUUAUAAACAAGAGUUGCCGGCUGCAGUUCGUCAUCGCGCAAUAACUCGAGCUAGAGCUGGAGGAACACGUCGAAAUUUGGAGAACAAACGUACUAAGACACAGCCAGCCCCCCAACAGGGCACUUGCAGGUUAGGUAAUCGAGGCAACGAAGCGGAGCGUGCUAAUAACAAUUUUGAUUAGUCCUAAACAAGUCAAUACACAGAGAUAUAAUACACAUUCAUCAAAAUGAGAUUGCUGGUGAAACGCGCCAAGCUAAUGCUGUUCCAAUGCGGCGCACAAAUCUCUCGCCGCCCGUCGUCGGGCAUGGCAACCGGUUCGCAAUUCCACAGAUUGGCGACGGCAACGGCGACAAAAACUGUGGCAACAGGUGCUCAACAGCACGAUUUGGAUACUGACAGCCACUUGAGGGGAACAACAAUCAGACAGAAUCAAAUAGCGACUUCACCGCUCACAGACAGCUUUGGAAGACAUCAUACGUAUCUGCGAAUUUCACUCACCGAACGCUGCAAUUUGCGCUGCGAUUACUGUAUGCCCGCCGAAGGUGUGCCGCUCCAGCCAAAAUCACAGCUGUUGACCACCGAAGAAGUGCUCCACUUGGCCCGCAUCUUUGUGGAGCAGGGAGUGCGAAAGAUUCGCCUGACGGGAGGCGAGCCAACAGUGCGUCGCGACAUUGUGGAGAUUGUGGCACAGCUGAAAGCGCUGCCUGAGCUGGAGCACGUGGGGAUAACCACCAAUGGCCUGGUGCUGACACGUCUGUUGCUGCCGCUGCAACGCGCUGGCCUCGACUCGCUCAACAUCAGCCUGGACACUCUGCGCAAGGAUCGCUUCGAGCGGAUUACGCGACGCAAGGGUUGGGAGCGAGUGAUUGCCGGCAUCGAUCUGGCCGUUCAGCUGGGCUAUCGACCUAAGGUCAACUGUGUGCUGAUGCGCGACUUCAAUGAGGAUGAGAUCUGUGAUUUCGUCGAGUUCACACGUGAGCGUCCAGUUGAUGUGCGCUUCAUUGAGUACAUGCCUUUCUCGGGCAACAAGUGGCAGACGGAACGUCUCAUCUCCUACAGCGAAACAGUGAAGAUCAUUCGAGAGCGUUUUCCCGACUUCCAGGCACUGCCCAACGGUCCUAAUGACACAUCCAAGGCGUAUGCGGUGCCAGGGUUUGCAGGUCAAAUGGGUUUCAUCACCUCGAUGACGGAACACUUUUGUGGCACUUGCAAUCGACUGCGUCUCACGGCCGAUGGCAACAUCAAGGUGUGUCUGUUUGGCAACAAAGAGUAUUCUCUAAGGGAUGCCCUGCGCAGCGAUCAGUGCACAGAAGAGCAGCUCAUCGAGUUGAUUGGCAGCGCUGUGCAGCGCAAGAAGCGACAACAUGCAGGUUACGCCACAGUUGACAUCAGGCAGCAGCACUUGCUUCAUCCUCAUCAGAAACCACUUUUACAGAUGCGCAACUACAGCAACUUGACGCACAUCGAUGCCCAGGGCAAAGCAAAAAUGGUUGAUGUGGCCGCCAAGGCGCAGACGACACGCGUGGCCACAGCCGAGGCCUUCGUCCAGGUGGGAGAGCGUCUCACGGCGCUGAUUGCAGCCAACGAGCUGGCCAAGGGCGAUGUGCUGAGCAUUGCCCAGCUGGCGGGUAUAAUGGGUGCCAAGCAGACCUCCCAGUUGAUCCCAUUGUGUCACAACAUUGCGCUCUCCUCGGUCCGAGUGCAAGCCACACUUCUCGAAACGGAAAAGUGCGUCCGUCUCGAGGCGAGCGUGCGUUGCACUGGCCAAACUGGCGUGGAAAUGGAGGCGUUAACUGCUGUCGCCGUCGCUGCUCUCACCGUCUACGACAUGUGCAAGGCUGUCUCCCAUGACAUCUGUAUCACGAAUGUGCGUCUGCUGAGCAAAUCGGGCGGCAAGCGCGACUUUCAACGUCAAUAAAGAUCAUCCAAUCGAA